AUGUCUGAUAUCAACACCACACUCAUAAACUCUGUCAGAAAAAUUGAAAUUGAUAUUGCUGAAAUAAAGCAAAUGAUACGCAUGCUUCAAGAUCAGUUUAGCAAACAAUUUGUCCUAACGUUAAGCACACAAGACUUUACUCUUGAACGUGUUGGUGGCGAUUUCAAAGGGGAAAAUGAAUUCCAGAAAUACAAUUUGUUGUUGCCAUUGCUUCACAAACAGGACUGGAAAGCAUGCUACAAAGAAAUUCCAGGAGAACAGCCUUUGCCUCAACUAGUACUUCUUUUAGACAGCAAUUUGACAAUAAAGCGACUACAGCUUAAGACUUUGAGUCAUAGCAUCAAGCAUGACCUGAUUGACAAGAACUUUUCUGCUUUCAGUAUAGAAUGGAAAGGUAUCCUGGCAAAGCACCAGGAGUACUACAUGAUGCAAUUGGAGAGACUGGCGAAGGAUAACGGCUUUGCUAUUUACAAAUGCAAGAGCGCACAGCAAGAUGCAAGUGAUUCUUCAUUGUCUUCUGAUAAUAUAUUGGAAACGGAUGGUGGCAAGUUGCCUAUUAUGGUCUUCUCUGGCAGAAAUGAGUGUUGA